GCGGAUGAUUCAACUGUUUGCAUACUUGCGUAAUAUAGUCCUUGUUUUCUUUUUUAAAGGUCGUGAAGUAGAACAUUAUAUGAAAUUCGUAGAUGAUUACUAAAUGAUCUUUCUGCAAUGAGAAAGAGCAUCAUUCAUAACUGAGGUAAACAAGAAAGUGCUGGAAAUGGGAAGCAAAGACGAAGUUGAGCAGAAUUCACAGUCACUGGUGAAAUAUAAUCAUAGUGAUCCUCCAUCAAGCUGGCUGAAGUGGAUUCCAACAUCCAUGGCUCACCUUGUACAGAUCGAAUCUCGAAUUCUCAGUCGCCUUAAAAGCACAGUAGAAAAAUGUUUUAUUACAUUACCUCAAAGUCAGCACAGAAUAUGGACAAUAGUUGCUAACAAGGACAAACCCAACACUCCGCUGGUAAUGGUCCAUGGGAUGGGAGGUGGUGUUGGACUAUGGGUUCAGAGCAUUGACGAUCUCGCUGUGAAACGACCAGUGUAUGCCUUUGACUUAUUAGGGUUUGGUCGUAGCUCUAGACCAAAGUUUAGUUCAAGUGCAAAACUUGUUGAAAUGGAAUUUGUUGAAUCUAUAGAGGAGUGGCGUCAGGAAAUGAAGAUAGAAAAAAUGGCUUUAUUAGGACACAGCUUAGGUGCAUAUCUAGCCAGUGCUUAUGCAUUGAAAUAUCCAGAGAAUAUUGAGCACCUGUUCCUGGUCGAUCCAUGGGGAUUUCCGGAGCGUCCAACAGGGGAGAGUGACCGCAGUCGGCGCAUUCCUACCUGGGUCAGGGCAAUCGCUAAGGUUCUGUCCCCCUUCAACCCUCUCGCCGUUGUGCGAGUAGCUGGACCAUUGGGACCGGGUUUGAUCCGCCGUUUCCGACCUGACCUGCAGGCCAAAUUUGCCCACUUAUUCGAUGACCACACAAUCCUGGACUACAUCUACCACUGUAACGCUCAGACUCCCAGUGGAGAGUCAGCAUUCAGGACCCUGUCAUUGCUGCUGGGAUUUGCAAAGCGGCCGAUGAUCGAGCGGAUAUCGGAGGUGGACAAAGACCUGCCUAUCACAUUCAUCUAUGGCUCGAAGACCUGGAUGGACAAGGAAUGUGGAUACCAGACCAAGUUCCUCAGGGCUGACAGCCACGUCGAUGUGGAGAUCAUCCCUGGUGCGGGUCAUCACGUGUAUGCAGACAAGGCAGACAACUUCAACCGCAUCAUGAAUUCAUACCUGGAGAAGAUGGAUCUGCACGCUGACAACGAGCGCAUGAAAAACAUGGAGAUGAAGCAUGCUGAGACAGAAAUUGACGCAGAACAGUAUCCGAUCACAGAAGUUUGAUGAACGAAGUUCAUGGUGUCCGAGAACAUUUUAGUUUGUUUACUUUUCAAAGAAACAAGGUAUUCUUAUAACCUUGGUGUUGUUGGCAACGAUACUGCCGUUGGCGGCGGUGAUGUUGCCACUGUCAGGCAGAAAGCUUUAACCUGGACAAUAAAAAUUGUUUUAAGUUUUCACCUGAAACUUCAUACAAAAUAUACUUAGUGACAAUACACGAUUGUGUGGCAAGGUGGAUGUAUGUUUUUCUUGUUUUUAAUAACUGCUGAGUGAUAACAAGUGAUGCCAUCUGCUUCUAGUUUAAUCUAGUGAUGAAUGUUGUUUGGUCUCAGAUAUAUUCAGAGGACAUCGAUAUAUAAUAUGAUUGUGUUUUUAUACCCCCCAAAACAAAGUUUGGGGGGGGGGUAUACUGGAAUCGGGUUGUCCGUCUGUCCGUCUGUCCGUCCGUUUUUUUUUUGUCCGGGAUUCAUCUUUGUCGUUAUUGAACAAAUCUUUUUCAAACUUUCAGAUAUUAAUGGCCAUGAUGUAAACUUGCGCCUCUGUGAAAUUGGUACGGGUCACAUGACCCUGACCAGAGUUAUCUCCCCUUGAUGUGUUAAAGUAGGCAAAAUAAGCCCUGUCCGGGAUUCAUCUUUGUUAUUAUUCAACAAAUCUUUAUCAAACUUUCAGAAAUUAAUGGCCAUGUUGUAAACUUUCGCCUCUGUGAAUUUGGUACAGGUCACAUGACCCUGACUGGAAUUAUCUCCCCUUGAUGUGUUAAAGUAGGCAAAAUAAGCCCUGUCCGGGAUUCAUCUUUGUUAUUAUUCAACAAAUCUUUAUCAAACUUUCAGAAAUUAAUGGCCAUGUUGUAAACUUUCGCCUCUGUGAAUUUGGUACAGGUCACAUGACCCUGACUGGAGUUAUCUCCCCUUGUAGGCAAAAUUAGCUUUGUCCGGCCUAACUCCAGGGCAAACAACCUAGACAUGGAGGGGUGGGGGGUAUUCGUUAGCCUAUGGCUUACAGUUCUAGUUUUAAACACAUUAUUCAUUAUGUUUGAGAAAAGUUAGGAAGGUCUACAAUGAUUUUGAAAAUCUAUAAUACAAUACGGUAUGCAAAGUUUCAAAUGCCUUUGAAAUAAAGUAAUGCGAGUUCUGGCAUGAAAAUCUGUCGGAAAUAAUCAGACAAGCCAUACUGAUUUUUGACUGAUUAUGAAGUUUAAAUUGAAGUGACACUCUUAUUCAAAAACAAUACAUACACAUGUAUAACAAAAAUACAUUUUGACUGAUAAACCUUUAACUACUUACUGAAUAAUGCAUUUAUGGAAAAUAUUUAUUACUGAUAACAAGAUUGUAAACAUGUUUUGAGCAGAAAGUGCAAAAAUAUUAAAUGAUUGGUGAAUGCUUAAAGAUUUGCUGCGGUCUACUAUAGUCUCAUAAGGUGGAAAUACCAUGUUUUAUGCUCAUUUCUUUCAAAUUAAACUUGGUAUCCUUCAUAAGAACAAUUGUUUUGAAAAUUAUUAAUCUUAUUUAGAAUAUUGGAAUAAUAUUAUUACUUGUGGUAUAUCUUAUUUGGGAGUAAAAGUGCAUCUUUAAAAAUAUAUUUGGAUAUUAUAGAAAGUGUUAGCUAGAUUAACAAACUGCAUUAACAUGUUCAAUCCUGACAAUACCUUAUUAUUAGAGCAAAAUAAAUGGUGGUUUUACGGUAUUUAGAAAAAAUGUAUAGGUUUUAAGGUAAACGUCAUGAAUAAGUUUAAGUAAUUAAUCCAAUAUUUUACUAAGUAGGCCGAACUUUAGAGAACACAGCUGUAUGCCAGAUUACUCAGUUGUUGUUUAAGUCCUGUCUAUUUUGGCCAGUGCAUAUAGGUGCUAAACAUAGACAAAAACUAGUCACGUAAGAUCUUUGUAGGAGCAUUUCCUUUUCAUUUACAAUGUAACAUAAGUAGGAUAAACAAUAAAUGCUUUGUUUUAGUUUUUGCCCAUCGAUGUCAUGAAAACAGUGUUUGUUAGACAGUGUUGUCAGCUGUUCAAAGCAGUUCUAUAAUGUAACAUAUGCUGUGUAAGGGCUUUUCCAUUUGAACAUAUAACCCCCGGGCGGAAGGCACUUUCAAAAUAUACAACCCCCCUACAGAAGCAAAUUUACCCCUUCGGGGCCAAAAUAAGCGAAUAUACCCAUAUACUAUUUAAUUGCCUUCCCCCCGGGGUUAUAUGUUUUACUGGAAUAGCCCAUAGUAUAAGCUUAAUGUGGCCAUCUUGUUUCUUUUAUUUUUUUAGUCAUGUAAAUAUUUUCUUUUGAUAAUUUAUAUUACAUGUAUAACUGUGAUACGUAUUCUACUAGUCUCUUGAAGGAAUAUGAUAUCAAUUGUGUUUGAUAAUACCGGGUAUUUUACUUCUCUUCAUUACCAAAAACUUGUUAAGUUUUGUUAAUACCCUUUUUAACGAACUUUCCAAUAUUGGUUAGUGAAUGUUGUAUUAUAUAUAUUUGAGUGUAGGAUUUAGCAAUGCCUUUAUGAUGUGCGCCUUGCAUUCAGUUUAAGUGCUCGUGGCUAAAGUUUGGUUACCUGCUUCCAUUGUUUGUGCUGGUAUGCUACAGGGAUACAGAACAAAACAGUUUGCUCAUGUUUGCUAACAGGGGCCUGUUAGCUACAACUGAACGCGGGAUACUUUCUUCAUUGCUUUUGCUGAAAAUGAAAGUGCUUGUUAUUUCCACAGAUAUAUAUAAAAUUUUGUGUCUUAUGUAGCAUCUGCUGCAUCUUCACAUAUGACACUUAAGACACCAUUGGCCUUUGUACAGCUGCCUUUGUUUGUCAAAUUACAAUUGGGCUUUCUAGAGUUAUGGCCUUGAUUAAGUAAAAAAUAUAUAUGACAAAUCUUGUGUUGCGUUUAGCUCCAAAGGCAUUGCACCUAUACACAUGAAACUUCAUAGAAAUGUUGGUCAGCAUGGGAAAAUGAGCACAUGCAAUUUGUUUUUUUACAUUUCAUCUUGUUUAACAAGAGUUAUGAUCCUUGACUUAGUAAACCUUUGUCUGAAAACUGUUGUGUUGGCGUAGCUUCAAAGGUAUUGAACCAACACACAUGGAACUUCAUAGGAAUGUUGGUCAGCAUUUGAAAUUGUGGACAUGUGACAUCCAGAGAUAUUGCACCAACACACCUGGAACGUCAUAGGAAUGUUGGUCAGCUUGGGAUGUUGUGCAUUGGUCAUUUCCUUCACAUUUCACUCCUUAAUUCCACAACACUGUAGACAUUUUACCAUUCCUGUGUCUAUGGGACAUGUUGGGAGUAUUCAUCACGUCUGUGAUAGUUCUAGUUUCUUUUCAGAAUAUGUUUGAAUGACCAUACCUAUUACAGAGAGUCAAUACUGUAAUUGUUAUAUCCUUGAAUUACAGAUUAUGAUAAUAUAAACAGAUGCUUGUAAAAUACAUUUUCACAUUUAGAGGUAUUAGAAUCUUAGCUCAUCAUUUUUUUAUUACUUCUAAACUCAGCUGAUUGAUAUACUGGUUAACAUUUUAAUUAGUCAAUACUAAACAUUGAUGCCUAGCGCUUGUGUCCAAUCUCAAUAUUUAAUGUCUGUUAUGCUUCUACUGUAUCAUAAGAGCGUUUUAUGUGACGGAUUCAAAAUAAUGUUUGAAACACUAAUAAGCAAUUAUAAUGUUUCAAGGACGCAGUUUUACACAUGUUUAUCAAAACCUUUAGUACAUUAAGAGUAGGGGUUAAUUACUGAAAACAGAGUUCAUACUAUAUACAUGUUUUGGGCAAUAAAAAUGUUGAGUAGUAAUUUUAUUAAAUCUAACAGGAAUGUAGUGCAUGGUCUUAUAUUUUUAUAUUAAGAUUAUAUAUUUCUGUAAAUAUGGCGUUUUACAAGAUGUACAUUUUAUGUUGAAGUUUAUUUCUAGCUUUUGAAAAUCAUUUGAAUUAAAAAAAAAUGUUUCUUUUU